AUGGCCCCCUCCGCGACAGGAACGCAGUUAACUUCAGCAAAAAAUAAACGUCCGGUACCAUCACUAAUCCAAACAAAUGGAUGCCACUCGACAACGUUGUCCUCUCCUCUGAUAUCCAGUGGCCGAAUUUUGUCACCUGCUAAGCUUACAUUGAAUCUAGCGACAAGUAACGGCAUUGGAAUUAGCAGUCCAACUGUGCGCUCUAUUAUUCGCAAGCGAGAGGCGAUUCCGCAAGUGAAUGGUAGUGACCAGAUGAACUGCAGUGCUGGCUUAUUGCGCUCUGGGAUUCAGUCAGAUGAGACUACGAUACUAACUACAACUGAACCACCGUCAUACUUCAAAUCUGACGAGUAUAUACUUAAAAAAUAUCGCCAUAGUAUACCUUCCCUUGUGGUACAUCUUCAUCCCACUCACUUUCGGUUCGAUAAUCAAGAGGGCCACUUUCCUUAUCAAUCACCCAUGAGACUCAUGAUCGAACAUCUAAGACUUCGAACUAUACCGCAUGAUCUAGUAGAAUACUUUGGAGAUGUACCAUAUUAUGAAGACUGUAUGAUUGUCAAGAUUCACGACCAUAAAUCCACCUCUUUAUCCGAUCCUGUAGACCGAAAAGAGUCGCCCGAACCAAAACCAGUACCUUUCUCGAUCCACAACUACAGCCAAUAUUGUACACCAUCGUCUUACGUACCAUAUCCCAUAAAAAGCCCUAUUUCCAAAAAACCUAAGGUUAUAAUCGAUAAAAAUAAUACGAAAGCCAGCGAAGAACAGGAUAAUGAUCAAAACCCCACUUCCCUGUCUUCUAAAGCCGCUGGGCCAAAGAAACCAGAAAUUCUAACCGUUGUGCUGCGCCCAACUCCUAUGAGCAAAUUUAUCGAUCGAGCUCUACAAGCUAUCAAUCUUAUUGGCACAGAGAGAGUAAUGAAUGUACAAAGUGACACAAACGGAGUGACUCCGAAUCUAGCUCUUACUCCAACCGUGGCCCCUAAUCUAUCAGCGAAUCUACAGCCAAUCACAGUCUCAUCUCCAAAUCGUGGAAAAUCAAGGUUAAAAAUUGAUAGCAACCAAAUAUGUAAGAUUGAGGCACAAAUUACAUUAGCAACUACUGCCCCUCUCGUACUCAAGCCAGUUAGUAGCGCGUUGGAGUCAGCCGCUCUAAUAGAAUCGCUCGCCCAUCCAAUGUACAACGAGAAGCCCCCCGCUCCUAAGUCAAGGAAGAGAACAGUUGCAGAGGUGGCUGCCGACGAGGCUUUUGCUGCUGAGCAAGAAAGAUAUAUGCUUUUAUUUGACGAGAGACUUUCCUCCAAUGCACUUACAACCUCUGGUGGUGUCAAUACAUCUGGCGGAGAGACACAAUCCGGUGGAACCCUUUUUGAAGCUCGUUUUGAAAGGUUUAAAUUAAUUGAAUCAAUCCGUAUUCAACUCGAAGAAAACAAACGAAUUGAAAAACAGAAAGCUAUUGAAAAUGAGAAGCGUCAAAAACAAGAAAUGGAAAGAAUUAAACUCAAGGAUGAAGCCGAGAAACGAGCUGAAAAAGAGAGAAGAAAUGCUGCACAACUUCAGCAGGCACAACUUCAACAAGCUCAAGCUCAGGCUCAGGCUCAGGCUCAAGCUCAAGCUCAAGCUCAAGCUCAGGCUCAAGCUCAAGCUCAGGCUCAGGCUCAGGCUCAGGCUCAAGCUCAAGCUCAAGCUCAAGCUCAGGCUCAGGCUCAGGCUCAGGCUCAGGCUCAGGCUCAGGCUCAGGCUCAAGCUCAAGCUCAAGCUCAGGCUCAGGCUCAAGCUCAAGCUCAAGCUCAGGCUCAGGCUCAGGCUCAGGCUCAGGCUCAGGCUCAAGCUCAAGCCCAGCGGCUUGCAGAAACGAAUCGAACACGUCAAAUUCUAGCUAUAGAGCAAACCCGCUCACAACAAGCGUUGCAAGGAAACUCGAAUCAGAUUCAGCCACAGCAUGCUCAUCCUCAAACUACAUCAUCACAAAAUGCAAUUCUAGGCCAGGCUCAUCGUCUACAUCAGCAAACAUCUCAAGCUCAGGCCACUUCACCUUUAAUAAGGACAGAGACACCAAAUUCAAACUCUUCACCAAGUAUCAACAAUGCAGGUUCUAUUCCUAUGCAACAGUCAACAUCAAGUAUGGGAGGCAGUCCCACUCGUCCGGGCUCUGCCACUCAACAAAAUCAAGCGCAAAAAACUGUCCCAACAUCGCACGGUAUGGUCUCUCAAAAGAGUCAGCAAAGUCAUUCUGGCACACCUCGAAUGCCCGUUUCCACACCUGUGCAAUCUACUCCUGCAAGUCGAAACUCUUCGCAGACACCAAGAUUAGGUCAAAGAAGUCCUCAAGGUCAAAUUUCACAUAACCCACAAGUCCAAAUGAUAAAUGGCCAACCAAUACUGAAUAAUUCAGCACAAGCCCAAGCAUUUCAGCAACAGAGAUUGCAGCAUAUUUUGCGCCAGCAACAACAACAACAACAGGCUGCACAAGGUCUUGGUGUAAUUAUGCAAGGCCAUCAAGCAAGUCCUCAGCAGAUGCUUCAAGCCCAGCAAAUUCUUAGAAAUCAACAACAGCAAGGUAUGCCUCAGCAAGCUAUACAAGCUUAUACUGCCCAAAUGACAGCAUUAGCACAAAGACAGGCAUCACAGGGUGGAAUUCCCCAGAGUAUGAAUCCAAACUUUAUUGGGAACGUAAGUGGAGUAGGAGGCGUACAACAAGUACCGAUGAACAUGCAGCAAAUUCAGCAGUUACAGCAACAGCAAAUGAUGUUGCAAGCACAAGCUCAACAGAUAGCCGCUCAACAACAAAAUAGCCAUCCAAUCCAGCAGCAAGGAGGAAUUAGCCAGGCAGCUCAUAAUCAGAUUAUGGGUCUGGCACACCGUAUAUAUCAAGCAGAAAAAGCUUCUUUCGCUUCCCAAAACCCGAACGUAAUAAUUACUGAUGAGUUAGAUCGGCAAAUGAGAGCACGUGCACAAAACGCGGCGCAGCAGCAAUAUAUUCAAGCUAGAAGAAGACAACAAAUGGCUGCAGCACAAGCUGCUCAGCAGGGUGGCAAUCAACAAAAUUUGAACGCCUUGCAACACCAAAUGGGAAUGUAA